AUGGCGGUUAACGUUCACUGCCCCUCGGCGACCAAUGACAACCUGAGCCGCCACGAGAUGUUGGCUUGGGUCAAUGACGCCCUGCGGGUGGCUUACACCAGGACGGAGCAGCUUUGCUCGGGCGCUGCCUACUGUCAGCUGAUGGAUAUGAUGUUCCCUGGUUGCAUUGGUCUCAAGAAGGUCAAGUUCCAAGCCAAGCUGGAGCACGAGUUCAUCCACAACUUCAAGCUGCUGCAGUUGGCCUUCAAGAAGACGGGGGUGGAGAAGAUCAUCCCGGUGGACAAGCUGGUCAAGGGCAAGUUCCAGGACAACUUUGAGUUUGUGCAGUGGUUCAAGAGGUUCUUUGACGCCAACUACAACGGGAGGGAGUAUGAGCCGCUGCUGGCUCGUCAAGGCCAGGACACGGGGCCUCCUCCAACGCCCACCGGUCUGCACCACCUCAAUCACCAGGACACAACCGUCUUCAACAAGCCCAAGAAGACCCUCAGCACCGACGGGAGCCGGGGAGUUGGCGCUAUGGCUCCGACGCCCGCUAAGAUGGGGGUCACGCGGGGGGGAGGCGGGAACCGGGAGCGGCCAGGCAUGGCGGGCAACGGGGACACACAAGCCGCCGAGCUGGCCGAAGAGGUGAAGACGCUGAAAGUGGCGCUGGAGGAGCUGGAGAAGGAGAGAGACUUUUACUUUGGGAAGUUGAGGGGCAUCGAGGUGAUCUGCCAGGAGAACCAGGCGGACAGCCACACGGUCAUCCAGCAGGUGGAGAAGGUGCUGUACAGCGUGGGCGACACCUUCGCUCAACCCGACAGCACGAGCGAGCAGCGACCGGACGAACAUGAACAGGAGGAGUAUUGA